UCUCCGAAGUGAACGACACAUUUACCGCCUCAGACGGAGCCGAUAUCAUAGAGGGGGAGUCAAAAUCCUGCUUCACCCCUCCAGCGGUGUCUCUCCGCCCCUCCGAGUCACGCUGCCUACGACCUGCAUAUAAAUACAAGGACGAACAGACACGAAUUCACCUCUGUUAUAGUAUAACCGUUGAGUUAUGGCAGCGCAGGACUUUAAUUUUUUGCUCGCGACGGAUUCAUACAAGAUAACGCAUUACAAGCAGUAUCCUCCAAAUGUCAGCAAAGUAUACUCAUACUUUGAGUGCCGGCACAAGAAGGGUGCCCAGUUCAAUGAAGUUGUGUUUUUCGGCCUGCAGUACCUGCUGAAGAGAUAUAUAGCAGGCUGUGUUGUCACAGAGGAAAAAAUUCAGGAGGCAAAAGUCUUUUACCAGAUGCACUUCAAGCAGAAAGUGUUUGACGAAGAAGGCUGGAGGAAACUGUUGGAGAGAUACGACGGCCGCCUUCCGAUCCGCAUCAAAGCUGUUCCUGAGGGUAGGAUCAUUCCCAGGGGAAACGUCCUCUUCACUGUGGAGAACACAGACCCGGACUUCUACUGGCUCACUAACUAUAUUGAGACUAUGCUGGUCCAAAUGUGGUACCCCAUCACCGUGGCAACAAUCUCCAGGGAGUUCAAAAAGAUCCUGGCCAAGCACCUGAAGGCCACAUCAGGCAGUCUGGAAGGGCUGGAAUUCAAACUGCAUGAUUUUGGUUACAGAGGAGUCUCCUCGCAAGAGUCUGCAGCACUAGGAGGAGCGGCUCACUUGGUCAACUUCUGCAGCACAGACACAGUGGCUGGACUUCUUAUGGCCCAGCGUUACUACAACUGCCCUAUGGCUGGCUUCUCCAUUCCUGCUGCUGAGCACAGCACCAUUAUCUCCUGGGGUCGGAACAGAGAAAAGGAGGCUUACGAAUACCUGCUGGACCAGUUCCCCACUGGUCCAAUGGCUGUGGUCAGCGAUAGCUACGACAUCUUCAAGGCCUGCAAGCACAUUUGGGGUGACAAGCUGAAGGAGAGAGUGAUGGAGCGCAGUGAAGACUCCAUGCUCGUCAUCCGCCCAGACUCGGGAGACCCCACAGAGACGCUGUUGGGGGUGAUAAAGAUUUUAGAAGAGUGUUUCACCUGCUCUGUAAACUCUGUAGGCUAUAAGGUGCUUCCAUCAUAUCUGCGCAUCAUUCAGGGUGAUGGCAUAGAUCUUUGCUCUGUUGAAAAGAUUCUAAAGAAGCUCAGUGAUGAAGGCUGGAGUGCGGAGAACGUGUUCUUCGGCUGUGGAAGUGCUCUGCUGCAAAAGAUCAACAGAGACACACUAAACUGUGCUUUCAAGUGCAGCUAUGUGGAAACCAACGGGAAGGGGAUGGACGUAUAUAAGCAGCCAGUGACCGACCCAUCUAAAGGAUCAAAGCGUGGCCGCCUGUCGCUGAGGAGGAACUCAGAUGGGUUAAUAGAGACAGUGGAGAGGGGCGUGGGCAAACCGGAGGAGGACAUGCUGGUGACGGUGUUUGAGAACGGGACCAUUCUGCAGGAGUACUCUCUGGACGAGAUCCGGAAGAACGCCCGAUUGUGGGAGGAGGAUUUGAGUCUCUCCCAGCAUAACCAGGAUCACCCCACCAGCUUGGAGAUCCACCAAAAGCACAUCAUGAACGGGGUGCACUGAUUGGCACUGCGACCACACUGUUCACAAAACUGCCCCCCCCACCAACGGACCAACUAAUUCUCAUCAUGUCUUCUGUCCAUAUAUCAAAAGCAGACAUGCACUUCAGCCAUCACAGAUUAGUAGACAAUAACACAACUGACAUUGAAUUAGAUUUUUAUAACUUUGAGGUGUCUUCAUACUAUUAGCUUUGCUUGCCAGUUAUUUAUUAGUCCACAGAAGUUAUUAAAUGAGCUAUUAUAUUAACAUAAAAGUACUGCAUUUAUUUUGCAGUGGUGGAAAGAGAGUGGGGUGCUGUUAAUUCAGAGAUUUGAAGUAACAGUAAUUAACCAAGAUGGUUUUUCCAUAAUAUAUAAGAGGAGUUGCUGGCCAACUGUUUGGCUUAUUUUAUUCACUAAUUUGAUAUCAGUGUAUGCAACCUAAAUUCUAACAAGCUGCUGCAAAGGGAGGGGGGGGGGGGGUUGAGGUGGAGGAGGACACUGCCUAACUUUUACAAAAUGCCAAAUAUUGCUGUUGGUGCUUGGUUCAGUCAGAGGGAAGAUGCACCAGUAGCGCAUUAGCGGCAGGGUUGUUGUUUGUUUUUGUUUUUGUUUUUAAGCAUCACCAGGGCGGUAAAUGACUUAACGAAGGAAAAAAUUAUAUAAGGGGAUUUAAUGAUCACCUCAAGCUGCAGGUAGAAGACCUUGCUCCUUCAUGCUGAUCUCAGACCAGUAGAAAGGCAUAAACUGGUCUCAGAUCAGCUUAAAAGUAGGCCUGUCACAAACAUGAAAUGUUGAUGUUUUAUUGCCAUAUAUAUAAUUAACAGUUUGUCUGUUUUGCUAAAGAGAGAAUCAGUGCUGAACUGAGGCUACUGUUGUGUCAUUUAAAAAGGUUCAAAUUAUGUUGUCUAAUUUGGGAAAUAUCAAAGGAUAGCCAGUGGCUGUAGAUAAUGAGUUUUAUUCAGUUUAACUAGUACACACCGCUGUAUUCUGUGCUGGAUAUUUUUUUCCCCUGAAAAAGUCAGAGGAAGCUGCUGCCAUGUUUUCCAGCUAGUUGUUACUAUUAAAGACAUGACCUAUGGAUUUGUGCUGCCACCAAAUUUAGUAAAAGGAUGGUUGGAAACUAACUAGCGUUAAGUAAAGACUUUACACCCAAAGUAUAAACCUGAGCAAAUCUGGGGCAACACAGUCCUGUGGCUGGACGUUUUCAUCUUUCAAAUAUUCCUUCCUCUUUCUUCUGUUUGACGAUUCACGGCAUUCGAAGGUCAAAUGUAAUUCUGACAGCCUUACUGUUGAUACUCGGUAGGUUCCAACUCACAACGCUCAAAUAUUUCAACAUUACUCACUUAUGACAUGUGAAGGUGUAAUAGAAAUUUUGUUGUUUUUUUUGUAGGACCCACAAAUCCUGCUCUGUUUUUCUUGCAUUUGCCUCAAAGCAACAGAUGAAAAUGUGACAUGCACCCAAUUUAUGAACAUAUAAUUACGAAAAACUUAAAUUUAGGCAGCUGUAUAACAAGUGUGACAGGGCUACUUUAAAGAGCACCCCCUCCUAGACCAAGCUUAUGCAUCUCUUAUUAAAGUUUUCUCACAUUUAAGCUUCUAGCAAAGACAUCUGCAGAGGAAUGUCAAACACUAUAUGUAAAACCUCGCUGAUGUAUAAUUUUGUUAUUUCUUGUACAAAGACUUGUACUCACAGUAGCCUGCACAUAAAUGAUACCAAAUGAUCCUUUGGUCCAGUCCUUUGCAAACAUGAAAUUGCUGGUUAGGGCUGGACUUAACUGGUAUUAUUCUAAUAAUUUAGGAGAAAAACGAAAUGGUGUAAACAUUGGCUGGUGCACCAGUUGACUCAGCCACUGAGCAUGUUGUGUAAUAAUGCUGCACAGAAAGAGACACUUUUUUUUUUUUUUUCCCCAUCUCGCACUAAAAUCUGUGAAAAUGAGAAUGAUGCUAGUGUAUGCGCGUGCGUGUUGAAAUGACUGUCUUGAGACUUGAAGGAAAACGCCAACAUUUCUUAACCCACUUUAUACGCCACAUCUGGAGCAGAUCGUUGAGCAUCACGGACAAUAAGGUCAACACAUUUUCCUGUGCUUGGAAAAGAAGAGAGCCAGUUAACUCGAAACAUGCUCACAACGGAAGCCAGUUACUGGGAAAGUAAAUGAAAUGGUCAUUUAUUCCUUUCCCAUCAAACCACAGAUUAAAAGACUUUAAUCUCAAUAAUUGAAGUAUAGAAAUCGAGUCAAAAGUGUUUGUAAAUUAAGGUGUAAAAUCUGUGUAAUAUGUUUUAGAGAUGGGACUAUUUUUAACAGAGGAAAGAAAUUGUGGCGAUCCGUUUCCAGCAUAGUGAUAUGGGCGGAGUUUCCACAAGCUCUAUUCCUUUAAAGCUGAGAGAAAUGGGGCUGCCUGUGGCCCCAUUGAGCUGCUGACACUGCCUUAACAACCACUCAAUCUACGGUGCUGGAGGCUCCUCUCUCCAUCGCUCUCUCUCGCUCACUCUCUUUCACUCUGUCUCACUCUCUCACUCUGAUUCUCUCUCUACCCUCCACCCCAUCCUCUGCAUCUACCUACGUGUAGGUCACACAUGAAUGACUGCUCAAUGAAAAUAUUCUUUCUUAUUUGCCUUAUUUUUGUCUGUCGGUUCGUCUCGUUAGACCAUCGGUCAAGUUUAGAAUGCAGUGGGUUUCAUUUGCGUGUUUUCCACGCUUUUAUCCUCAUCCGUUCGGCAGGAACGGCAAAUUUUCCUGUUUGAUUUUGAUCAUCAGAUAUGAAGCAGUUGACCCUACCUCUUUUUUUUCUAUGCCAAUAAUACUGUAUAUGAAUCUAAAGUAAUAAUAGUAGUUACACUAAAGUUGCCAUGUCUUAUGCUGUUGUGUAAAUACUCUCUGAAAUUGUAGUUUGUAGUAAUAUUUUUAGCUUAAUCACUUUUUUUCCCUUUUUUUUUGGAUUUACAAGUGAUAUUUUGUAUGACAAAAAAACAAUAAAUAUGCUUCAUUUCCUGCUCGUAA